GUCGUUCCGAAAGUAAAAGAGGAACUGGAAAGAUAAUUAGGGGACGAAAAAGAAUGGGAGAAGAAGAAAAAACCCUAAAUCCGAUCUACAGAGUUCCGGAAGAGUUAGAGGAAGAGAUUUUGCUUCGAAUGCCACUGAAGUCCAUCCUCAGAUUCAAAACCGUCUCAAAAAGAUGGAGAUCAAUCCUGGAAUCGAGGAGCUUCGCGGAGAGGCGUAUGAAAGCUGCGAAUAAGAACCCAAAAAUCCUGGCUGUUGGAGACCAGUCGCGAUUCAAAUUGGACGCAGGGGAGAUAGAUGUGGUCUGUUUAGGCGGUGAGGCCGCAAAAAGGCCCUCGCUGACUUGUGAAGGUUUGGUUUGCAUCCCCGUUCCAGGUUGCGUCAAUAUUUUGAACCCUUCCACAGAAGAAUACAUCAGUUUCCCUACGGGUACUGAUCCCGUCACCACGCGCUUUGAUUACAUAUUUUUUACAGCCUCAUGGUGGAAUAUUUUCCCUGGAUGUUGCGCGAUGGGAUUUGGUAAGGAUGAAGUUAAUGGCGAUUAUAAAGUAGUGAGGAUGUUUUUCGAUCCUAUUUUUCAUUGUGAGAUUCUUAAUGUGAGCAUUGGAGAAUGGAAGCUAAUAAAACCGCCUCCUUAUCGCGUGGAUCCAAGACGAAAGUCUGUGUAUCUCAAUGGAUCCAUCUACUGGUUAGAGAUGCUAGAUAUUGAUAGCAUACUAGCUUUGGACCUUCAUACAGAAGAGUUCCGUGAUGUCCCAGUUCCGCCAGAAUCCACAGACUUAGAUCAAAUAGUGAACCUUGAAAACCGUCUAGCCAUAGCCAUACCUGGUACUGAACCUGAUUGGACAUUAGUGCUAUGGACCCUAGAUGCACAAGAAAAGACAUGGACCUUGACUUACACCAUACGUUUACGCCUUUACGACCGCGAACCUUAUAAGGUGUGGUUUAGGCCCGUGGCGGUAUGUAAGGAAGGGAAUUUGCUCUUCUGUGAUAAUAAGAAGAGGUUGUUCAAGUACUAUCCGAAGACAAACAGUCUCUCUUGCAUCUCGUCAGACAUUUGUGUUAUAUCUGAUUUCGCUGAAAACUUGGUUUCGCUUCGCCCGUCUUCUCUUGCAAGAAAAUCGGACUACUUAUCUGGAUAUCACUAUGAAUACGAUGAUGUGCAGGAUAAUGUGCAGGGUUCGCAGCUGAUAGAAAAGUUUAGAUGGAUCAAAAAGAGAAUCCCAAGUAUUUUGAUUACCACUACUGUAGUGUCUGCAGUAAUUUUCCGCUAUUUUUCUGUUUCGAGUGCCUCUCGACCUUAGUAUUUAUUAUUUUUUUCUUUUCUAUCAACUCGGUGAAUUGACAGACCUGUUUUAUAUAUUCAUAUAUACUAAGGCCGGUGCGCG